AUGAUUGAGCUUCAUACAUACCGGGAUCCCAAGAAUGCGGAAAAAACAAUAAAAACUGAAAUCCUGAGACUUGAACGCUUAUAUCAAAGAAAAUGGGAGAAGGAAUUUCUCGAAACAAUCAGUGCAGAAGACAAGUCGCUCGUGAAUCUUGCUAACUAUGAAUACAGGAAGGCAUUGGAAGAUGAUGAUGCUUUUCAGCACAACGUUUUUGCCAAAUUUUUUGCGGAUACAUCAAGCAUUUUGAAGAAAGACGAAGCUAAGAGUGGAAUAACAAAGAAGAUUUUCGAAGAAGAGAAGGAAGCAGUGAAUACAACCAAAGCUGACCUUCAAGAGCUGCGAAAGUCAGCGGUCAUCGCAUCUAAUGCAUACAGAAAGACUUCAACAUAUUUGCAGAGUAUAAGGAAAGGAAAUUACAAAAAUGAAACAUCGAAUGAUGCUGAAAUUACGCAGGCGUAUUGGAAGGCUCGUUAUGAUUUUGACAACGGCACAAGGAUACUACUGAACAAAAUAAAACAAUUAGAAAUGAGCCGGAUUGAAUUUUUAAUGUUUCAAACUCCAGAAUACAGAAUAAACUGGCUCCUGGAUGAAAUGAAGGAAGAUGCCAAGCAGUAUUAUUGA